AUGGGCAAUGGGGUUAGCGAUUUUGGUAUAUUACUUGUUGGCCCUGAAGGAAAAUGGGAACGCUCUGGAUUCUUGCCAAAUGAAGAACAAACAAUUUUUAAUUUGUACUUAGGAUUCUUG